GAUUGGUUCAAUCAAUGGGGCAUAUUUGGGAAACUCAAAAAUAUGUAUGCCUCUUUUCUCUCUCUCUCUCUCUCUCUCGUCAAAUGGUCCUCACUUGGCUUCUCAAAAAUAUAGCUCACCACCGCCCACCUUCACCCCCCCCCCCCCCUUCUCUCUCUCCAUCCUUAAAGAACACAAUAUUUCCCUCAUAGAGAGCAUGUUGAGGAUUGGAUUCAGAAACAUCAUUAAUGGCUUCAUAUGUAGAGCCUCACUUCCUCAGAGCUUUUAUAACAGGGAAUUAUCGACACAAACUGGAAGGCUGAAAGGCAAAAUAGCAUUGAUCACUGGGGCAGCAAGCGGUAUCGGGAAGGCAGCUGCAGCGAAAUUCAUCAGUAAUGGUGCCAAAGUCGUCAUUGCUGAUAUACAACACCAACUAGGGCAAGCAACGGCGAAUGAGCUUGGACCCAAUGCUACUUUUAUACCCUGUGACGUAACGGAAGAAUCAGAUGUAUCCGAUGCUGUUGACUUUACCGUCUCCAAACACAAACGACUGGAUGUUAUGUACAAUAAUGCUGGGGUACCUUGCUACACGCCUCCGAGCAUUGUGGACCUUGACCUUGCCAUUUUCGACAGAGUUAUGGGCAUCAAUGUGCGAGGAGUCUUGGCCGGCAUCAAACACGCUUCGCGUGUGAUGAUCCCUAGUAGAACUGGCUCCAUUCUGUGCACAGCUAGCGUAACUGGAAUGAUGGGUGGACUAGCUCAACAUACUUACAGUGUGUCCAAGUCUGCUGUCAUAGGAAUUGUUAAGUCCAUGGCAGCUGAGCUAUGCCAGUACGGAAUUCGUGUCAACUGCAUAUCACCUUUUGCAGUUCCGACUCCAUUUACACUAGAUGAGAUGAGCCAGAUUUAUCCACAAAUUGAUGCCGAGCAGCUCGUCAAAAUGAUACAUAGUUUUGGUGUGCUCGGCAAAGCAACAUUGGAACCAGGUGAUGUAGCCGAUGCCGCAGUCUAUCUUGCAUCAGAUGAUGCAAAGUAUGUUAGUGGGCAUAAUUUGGUGGUAGAUGGAGGUUUUACAUCAUUUAAGAGAUUGGAACUUCCUAAGAGCUAAAGGCUUAUAAAUGCUGCUCAAAGGAUAUAUUUUGGAAAUUGAAGUACGAGGUAUAUUUCAAGUUUCUUCUAGUUUUUGACA